AGGCCGUCGUGACAAGAUCAUUUUCAUCGUCGGUCAUGGCCAGCUGCAGAACCAUCUGUAGCGGCGAUGACCGCCACGAAAGCAGUUCAAUUACAGUCGAGAUUCCUGUAGAGUCUCGUUCGAGUCUGUCUGUUGAGCAUAGCUUGCUCACUUGAGAGAAAACCAGCUGGAUCAGAAUGUCGAGCGGGUCGAAGCAGUACAAAGCCAUAGGGGACGAUGUCUGGAAGCGGACUGAUAAAGUGAACGCCGAGCUGUUCACUCUGACAUACGGUGCCCUUGUCGUACAGUUGAUCAAGGAUUAUGAAGAUUACGGCGAGGUCAACAAGCAGCUCGAGAAGAUGGGCUACAACAUGGGUACUCGUCUAAUCGAGGAUUUCCUCGCUCGGACGGGAUUACAACGUUGUUCAAGCUUUGCAGAGACCGCAGAGGUCAUUUCAAAGGUCGCAUUCAAGACGUUCCUCAAUAUCACGCCUACACUCUCGUUCCCUCCUGCUUCUGCUCAACCUUCCAAUCCAUCUUUACCACAACCCUCAGAAUUCAUCUUGACACUCGAUGAUAAUCCCCUGGCGGAGUUUGCAGACCUCCCUAGAGAUGCGAAGGAGGGAGGCCUGUGGUUUAGUAAUGUCUUGUGUGGUGUCAUACGGGGUGCUUUGGAGAUGGUAAGUUGAGAGGGCUUAGGUCUCCCUGGAUGUCCUGUAAACCAAUUCCGCCCCUUAUUCCUGGCUCUGGGCUGAUCCUCAUACCCCACAGAUCCAGCUCCAGGUCGAAGCUCGCUUCUUGUCGGAUACAUUACGCGGUGAUGAAAGUACCGACUUGCAUGUCAGAUUAUUACGGAUCAUGGAGGAGGAACAGCCAGAGAACGACG